UUUGGUUGGAUGCUAAAUAUUUUUUUCCCGGCAAUCGACCUUGUAUGAGCCUGGACACGUAGCAUCAACUUUCUCCUCGAUUCACCAAAAGUCGGUUGGAUCUACAACCACGGCAACUUCACAAAACACUAUGCAGAAUUUUGUGUUGUAAAUAUGGAAUAUGUCCUAUGCAUCUAAUAAUAAUCGUACGGCACUGAGUUAAAUAUCAGUUGUUUUUGAAAAGGCGGACGGUAGGCCUAAGUAAGAGGCGGCGGAGUGCUUAUCCCUGGAGGAGUAGGCUAUGCCCAAGGAGCGUCAUGGCAUUGUUUAGAAAAUGUUGUUGGUGUGGGGUUCGUCGGGGAUCAAUUUUAGCAGCACUUUUUUCAAUGAUACUUUUUACACUGCUCUUCAUAUUCUAUUAUAAAAUGCAUAGAAAUGCUAAACAAACGGGAGAAAACAAGGACAUGUUGUGGCUGUAUUACGUAACUUAUGUAUUCUCAGUUAUGAUUUUCAUCUCAGCUGGGCUCGUAAUACGAGGGAUCGCAGACGAUCGGCGGGAUUCCCGUAUGCUACUUAUGCCUUUUGUAGUACUUAUGUCUAUGUAUGUCGUUAUUCAAAUAUCUGCUUGGAUCCAAGCUAUGGUUUCUGGUUCGCCAGUUUAUAUAAUCAUUCUUUUCAUAUUGGCUAUUGGCUUAUGUGUAAGUAUUGUGACUUCAUAUGAAAUUAAUUAUUAUUUUUGA